UUGGGUACCAGUCCUGGCAUCCCACUGUGAUCCUCUUCUAUUCUAUUCUAUCACUAGUGACUACUACUACUACUACUCCUCCCUUCUCCUCAUCCUCGUCUUCUCCUCAUUCUCUCACUUCGUCCUCUUCUUUCUCCCUCACCCACCCUCGUCCGGCCCAACAUGCCCGCCCGCAAGACGUUCUGCAUCCCCUCUCUCGUAACAACCUUCAUUGCCCUCGUUCUCCUCAUCCUCGUAACCAUCUCUGUUCCUCUAACAACACACGACUCCUCUCCCUUUUACAUUGCCGAGGCCAAGGAUUUGAAUGGCACUGUUACGGACGGUACGGGAAAUGGACCGAACCCAAAUCGGGAUUUGUCGGCUGUGAGGGCGGGGAUUUGGGGAUAUUGCACAAAGGGAGUUGGGGAGAGUAAUUAUGGGUACUGCUCACACAAUAAUCACCAGUGGAACGUCACCUUUGAAUCGGUGAACAGUACCACCAGCGACUAUGGCUCCGUCUCUAUUGGUCCUUCGUGGACUCGAGGAUUGGUUGUAGCCGUAGUAGCCAUGGUCUUCACUGCCGUGGGAUUUGCACUUUCUUUCUUCCCACACCUCAUCGUACAAUUGGUUGCUGCAUUUGUCCUCUUUUUGGCGAUGCUGCUUACGUUCAUUGCCUUUGUUAUCCAGAUCGCCUUCUACGUCUACUUCCUGCACCGCAUCCACGAUGUGACCGACUCGCGGGACGUCAUGCCCGGCGCCGGCUUCUACAUGACCCUCGUCUGCAUUCCCCUCUUGGCCUUUUCCAUGGUCACCGUCUUCUGCGGUUGGCGAAGUGACAAGAGUGGUGAUUACCCCUCGACUGGGUAUGGUGCUGGAGGGUAUGGAUCGGACAUGGAGACUGGCAAAAAGGGACGAUUUGCCAUGCCUUGGAAGAAGAACAGGAAUGCUGCUGGAGCAGUUGGAGGUAAUGGGUCAGUCAAUGGCGGGUAUGGACAGAGGAGCUAUGAUGAUGGACACAACAAGGACAGUAUCCCCCUCUCGUCUAGGCAGAAGGUGCUGAAUGCUUACCACAGUAGCUAGUGGAAUGGGGAAGAGGGCUUUUCUUGGCUAGAUCAGCGCGGAACGCUACUGGCGAUGCCGGCUGACAGUGAGAAUACGGCAGAGCCCUCGACCGAUUGGCUCAUGGUGGUCAUUGGCAGGAUAUACCUAUACGCUUGUGAUAUUCCCUUUACACUUCGCCAAUGCUGCUCCAGUCUAUGCACUAUAUACCGUUUGGACAUUGUCGUCGAUUCAUUCCAGCUACCGCUACCA